GCUUGGUUAAGAAACGCGCGCGAACGCGAACACGAACACGAACACGAAACCAACGCGAGAUUCACCUCAAUAUUAAGAAGGUCUGGUGGGCUCUUCUAUGAACCAAUGAGCCAGCCAGCUUCGACGUCCAGUGAUGCCAGAGCCAGUGCUCUCUCAGAACUACAUCCCACCAUCAUAGAUGUAUCGUCUUCUUCGCAAAGCGUCAAUGUGACUGGCUCUGUUGAUGUUGAAAUUGAAGGGUUUGAGAUCCUGGACUCAGAAGAUGGCAGUGAUGCUGAUGAUCCGUUUAAAGUGCUGAUACAACCAAGGACUGAACCGUCAAUAUCAGCUAGUCGCUGUCGAGACAGUGGUAGCAGGUCGUCAACUGCACCAGCAAGAGUACGAACAAAGAGGCAGAGGGUUGAUCUGCUGGAAGUGUUAUUACCGGAGAACUACGAGAUUAGUGGGCUGGAUAUGGAGUCCACUGUUAUACAGUCUUCAAGGGAACAGGGUAUUGGUCUGUAUUCAUCAGAUGACUCAAAUGGCAAGCUGUACCAAGGAAUACAAGAUACAGUCGAUUGUGAUGAGAUUCUUUUAACAUCUACUCGGAGUGAUGAACCUACUGGACAAUUAUUACAGGGUGAACGUCGAGACACUGGUACAGCCAUAGAGAAUGGUGAGGUUAUUAAACUGGCAAGCUCAUCUGUAGAGAGAUUGGAUAGUUUUCAGAUGACGGACACGUUUCCUGUUGGUAGCAUGCUAAGCACUGAGGAAAUCUGUGAAGAAGCUGGUCCACCACCUAGUGAUUCACUCAUCAAAGGGAGUGCAGAAUCUCAAAGUAUUAAUGAAACCUCAGAUAAGGGGGGGCAGCUUAUGUCCAAAUCACCAACCGAGGGUAGGACUGAUGAUACAGACACAAGUAGCGAUACGUGUGCUACUGAGAUGGUUAUUCCACCACGUCGUCCGAAAAGGAAGGCAACUCUUUCAGAUCUCUGUUCACGCAAGGCCAAAGUGCCAUAUCGUGUUGGGCUAUCAAGAAGGGCAAAUGUUCAACAUCUGCAUUCUUACUUGAGCAAGAGAUAG